UCUAUGGGUGUCAAGACAAACCUUGACCCCCAAGAGAGCAACACUAAGACAAAACACAACUACUUAUUUGGCAACGGGAGAUGACCAGAAAGGUCCUAGACUCAAAUGUGCAGGGCGCACCACUAUCAAGGGAGAGUAGAUGGUGGGGAAGAACGAGAGUAGUUUUUGGCUCACCUUCUGGUUGACCAGCCAGCACAAAGCAAACAUAUUGGCGUAUGCCAAUGGUCUAUAUUCAUGGCCAUACUACAAGCAUUCCCCCGAUGAGAAUUCAUGCACCGAAGAGUGAUGGUGGUCAGCAAACGGGGCGUGCCACGUCGACGACGAUGACCAGGGAUCUGGCCAAGUAUGGACGAAAAUGCGAGCGGAUUCUGCACAAAAGAAAAUGUGAUACCACGGCGAGCAAGGGAGAUGGAUGUGCCAACUCAGAUUGCAGUGGUUUCACACCACCCUCUCGGUGGGGGGAGAGUUCGCUGGUGUGUCUGUACGUGUAUGGGAGGCAUCGGAUGGUCACGAACCCGUUUGAUCGCCGAAGAUCCAUUUCAGGUCUCCAGGCGCUAAGUUGAUUGGUGAAUGGAGAGCAUGGCAAUUCGCAGCCAAAUCUCUCUUGACGAUACGCCACAGUGACCUUCUGUCAUGACUUUGCCAUG